AUGGAGGUACUGCGCGGCAGCAAGACCAUCAUGACUGAGCGCUUCGAUGACUGUGAUGCGAAGAAGAAGGUCAAAGGAAUAAAAUCCGAAAAAUCCAAGCCAAGCUCAAGCUCAACGGCAGGACGCAACUUCCCCACUAUCUUGCUAAGCUGCAUCGUAAUUGAUUCCAUCAAUAUUCCUCGCGACCUCAACCAUCGACUUUGCGUCGGCAUCGGACCACACGAAUCUUCAUUCGGCUUCGACUUCGGCUCGUGCUCCUCAUCUGGUACCUGGUCUGCUUCGCCGUCGCUCCAUCAGCUGCCAUUGCAGCGGAGCACAUCCCGCUCAAGCUUCAAAGGCACCCCUCUUAAACGACUGAAUCACAACCAUCAUUCUACGGAAUAA